AUGGAGCCCGGCGGGCGUCGUGUUGCCCAAGACGAGCCUGACCCAUUCCUCCAUCAGCUGGACUCCCAGCUGGACUUCUUCCACAAGCUCGGGUACAGCACAGCACAGGUCCAGGCGGUUCAGAAGAAGUAUGGCCCUACUAUGGACACAGAUAAGGUUCUAGGUGAACUGGUAAGGAUCGGGGCCGGCACGGAGGUGGCCAAACAGGGGCCUGUGACAGUGUCAGUGCUGGUGCCCAGAGGAGACAUCCGGACUCCAAGUCCCACCCUGCUGAUGCCUGUCACUGUCACGUCUCCCCAAAGCAGAGAGGAAAUCAGUGAGGACAAAGAUGCCCUGAGACCCAUUGUUAUAGAUGGGAGCAAUGUGGCCAUGAGCCAUGGGAACAAGGAAGUUUUCUCUUGUCUGGGAAUCCAGUUGGCUGUGAACUUCUUCCUGGAUAGAGGUCACACUCAAAUCACUGUGUUUGUUCCCUCAUGGAGAAAGGAGCAGCCGAGGCCGGAUGUUCCCAUUACAGAUCAGCACAUCCUGCGAGAUCUGGAAAAGAGGAAGAUUCUGGUGUUCACACCAUCGCGACGUGUUGCAGGCAGACGGGUUGUUUGUAAUGAUGACUGCUUCAUUGUCCAGCUGGGCUACGAGUCUGAUGGCAUCAUAGUGUCCAACGACAUGUACCGUGAUCUUCAGGGAGAUAAGCCGGAGUGGAAGCGCUUCAUUGAGGAGAGGCUGCUGAUGUACUCCUUCGUCAAUGACAAGUUUAUGCCUCCUGACGAUCCACUGGGCCGACAUGGACCAACACUGGAGAACUUCCUGCGUACAUUUCCAAAGACUCAGAAAAAACAGCCAUGCCCUUAUGGAAAGAAAUGCACCUAUGGGAUCAAGUGCAAAUUCCACCAUCCCGAACGAGCCAAACAGUCCAAUCGCUUGCUUGCUGAGAGGCACCCCUCCACUGCUCAGAAACAGCCUUCAGCUCGCUCCAGUCCUGUGCCGGGCCAGAGCCUCUUAUUAGUGGAGGAUAUGGCAAAGAAACUGAGUUUGGGAACCGAGACUGGCUCCUUGAAGAAAGAUCAUAAAAAUGAAAAUGUGGCUCAUGUGAAAGUGAGUCACCGCUCCAGCAAGAGGGCCCCAUCUAGAAAGGAGAAAAGCAGCCUACACUGUCCAUCUGACCAGGGCUCUGUGCAGCAUGGUGGCUCUCAGGAGCAGCUAGAUUCAGGGUUAGGCUCCAUAGAAAGCCAGACAAUGGAGGCUCCCUGGAACCAAACAACCCACAGGCAACAGUACAGCCUUCCUAGAAGUGUACCGUGCAGCUGCUGCUCACAUGGACCUCCUUCUCUGGGGACCACACCAGCCUUCCAGCAUCACAGCAUCGGGCCGGUCAGCAGCCACAGCUCUGAUAUGAUACCCUAUGGUCAGCCUCAUUACGCCAGCUAUGGUGCAUACCCAGUCAACGUGACUGCUUACAGUCAACCAACAAGUUUCCAGCACAGCGGAGUCUACAGCUGCCCGCAGCAGCCAUACUGGUCUGAUCCAGCUGUACUGGUCCAUCCUCCAGCAGUUCAUAGCCUGCCGGGGGAGCGCUCACCAUGGGAGCCUCCACAGAGGACACAAUCAAAUCCCAGCAGGGAGGAGAGAGAAGUUGUCCGGAAAAAGCUCCUGGCUAUCUUCAGUGCCCAGUUGGUGGACAUGGCCAUGGACAGGUUUCCUCAUCUGUUGGACCCACAAGUAUUGGCUGCUGAGAUCCUCAUGCUGCAGAGUCAGAGCAGGAUGAGAUGA